AUGCUCAUCCCAUCUUACGCGGCUGACGCUCCCCCGCCGCCGCCUGCGCGCCUCGCAGAUCCACAAAACAACGUGAGCGAGGCGGGUGUGCCGCGGAGUUCCUUGGCGCUGGGCCUCAAGUUGUGUACGCUGCGAGUACGUUCCGACAAGAUGCUCAAGAUGAUUUUCUGCCUCAUGCUCGCCGUGGUGGCCAACGCGCUGCCGACCGACGACGCGACGGCGCUCCCUGGCGGGGUCGAAAUCGCCACUGAGCGCGGCAUCAGCCCCAACGAGCAUCAGCCCCUGUUUGCAAGCCUGCCGGAGCAGUGCAUGAGCACCACCCCGUGGUACAACGCCGGGUUCAAUCAGGUCUAUCAGACCCACUUUGGCUCUCAGCAGGAGGGCAGUGUCGUGUUCCCCGCGGACGAGCGUGCGCUGCUCAACACCCUGGUGGCGGCCGUCGAGGCACAAAAGCGCCCUACGAUCGUUGCCGGUAGCCACGGGUACGAAGGCUAUGGCAACUCGGGAGACGUCGUAAUCGACAUCUCAGGCUUGCAGCACAUCGAGACGAAGAUGGCAGGGCCCGACAACACGAAGAUGGCAGAGCAUGUUGUGAUCGGGGGAGGAACGCCGCUGAGCAAGGUCUACAAUUACCUCUGGAAGCGGCACGGCCGAAUUCUCCCCGCAGGCUCGUGCCACUCCGUUUCUGCAGGCGGCCACAUCACCGGCGGCGGCUACGGCGUCUUCUCGCGAAUGUACGGAUUGACGGUCGAUUACGUCGGAGGUGUGCGCUUCGCUUGGGUUGACAAUGAGACGAAGGUGAGGGUUGUCGAUGCGUUCCACAAUUCAAACUCUCCCGAGGAACAACGGCUCGUCUGGGCAGCGCGCGGUGCUUCGGCAGCAAAUUUCGGGGAGCUUGCCUUCGUCAACAACCCGCCUGCGUUUUGGGAGGUUUCCUUCAACUUGAUGCACCUGGAGGACUUCAAGGACGCGGAGUACGGCCCGAUGAUGCUCGAAAAACUGUACGACGUGUUCUGGGAUUACUACAACUACAGCAAGGGGGAGCAACCCUCGCGCGACGAGACAUUUGGCUUCUUCCGCAUCAAUUCGAAUGGCAUCGAUCUCACUUGCAUCGCCACGCAAUACGAUGCGCUGCUGGAGUACGUGGGCCGCUUCCUCGAAGCGAAGAAUUCGACUAUGGCUCUGAGCACUCUGGAGAAAGACGUCAGGCGCUUCACCUUCCUCGAAUACGUCGUCGUCAUGUCUGGCAUCGGAGAUAAGCCCUUCUUCAAGAACUCGGGCCACGUCCUCAAGAGCCACAGCGGACACGGCAAGGGCUACACAUCUUCACAGCUGCGAGCCAUGUAUGACCACCUCCUGCAGAAGUACAAGCCUUGUGUCGGUGCCGCAUGCGGCGAAGGACAUGUGACGCUUGAGGUGUUUUGCUCGGACAAGGGCUCGAAGAACGUCACGAUCCAGAAAGUGAAUCAGACCGACAAAACGGGAUUUCCGCAGUACUUUUGGAUCAGUCAGCACGAGGCCCGGCCGGCGAGUGCUCAACGCCGCAACGGUCGCCGGCUCGCCGUUUGGAUGGGACCGCAGGUGGAUGAGACCGCCCUCGAAGGUGACGCAGGUGGGCCUCGUCCCGCUGACAGCGGAGUCGCAUACGUUUGGCAGAUGGACCCGUACAACGGAAAGAUCGCAGACCUGACAGUCGACAAUCCGCUCAAGACCCCUCAAGCGCCCUCGGCAACCUCGGUCUCGAACCGGGUGGCGACCGUCAAGACGCAGCCGCAGCUGUACUGGAACUUUCCAGAGGACAACAAAUUUAUGAUCAAGUGGUUUGACUCCUUCACGAACUCAAUGUGGGCGUCGACAUCGACAAACAAGCUUCACAAGGACCAGUACCCCAUGGUGCCAGGACUGUACAUCAACUAUCCUGACUCCUUUUUCAAGGAGAUGUACCCUGAGGACUGGCUGAAUCUCACCUACGAGCUGCCGUGGGGCUCUGUCGUGGAGAUGCUUACCUGGCCUUCCCUAGGCAACGGAAACAACGUCCAAGGCGACCAGAAAGACUACCUGCCGUCGCUGCAAGAGGUGAAGGGCAUGUUCGACCCGAACGACAUCUUUACGCUGAAGUCGCGGCGCUACAUUUACAACGCCACAAACGGUGCGUGGGAUGACGAAGAACCGGAGAUCAAAGAUGGGCUCAGCAUCCCGCUGCCAGACACGAUCAUGCCGGAACCCUACCUCGGCGGAGAAAUUCACGAUGAAAAGCUGGUCGUUUGCUAA